AUGUCCACCCUAAACGACUCGGCAUAUUCAGCCUCGCAAGUCGCAGAGUAUCUCGACGUGCUCGGCCUGCCUGCAUCGUUCCACCCCUCGGCCAACCCGGUGCUGGACCUCUCAUACCUCACCGCGCUGUUCGUCCACCAGGUCACCACCGUGCCCUACGAGAACCUCAUCAUCCACUACUCGCCGCAGCAUGAAGUCGUCCUCGACCCGCAGGCCCUCUUCGCCAAGAUGGUGACCAACCGCGCGCGCGGCCGCGGCGGCUACUGCAUGGAGACGUCAAUCCUGUUCAACCACAUGCUCCGCGCCAUCGGCUUCGACGUCUACACGGCAGGCGUACGCGUCCGCCCGCGCGACGCGAACAACGUGCCCUGCGCGGAUUACAUGGGCUACGUGCACCUGGUGAACAUUGUGACUUUGCCAGGCCCAUUAGCCGAGCCGGCGCAAAAGUACGCCCUCGACGUCGGCUUCGGCGGCGACGGCCCGACGCUGCCCAUGCCGCUGACGGCAGGGCUCGUGCACCACAACUCGAUCGGCACACAGGAGGUCCGGCUCGUGCGCGAGUUCCUGCCGUUCCAGCGGCGGCGGCGGCCAGGGUACAGCGGGGCCGGAGUCGAGACCGACGGCGAUGCGUCGCUGAUGCACUGGGUGUACCAGUACCGCAACGACGCGGACCGGCCGUGGGUCGCGUGCUACGCGUUCAGCGAGUUCGAGUUUGGCGAGGCCGACUUCCACAUCGUCAACUACUUCACAUCCAAAGCACCAACAAGCUUCCAGUCGUACACGCCAGUAGCAGUGCUAUUCCUGCGCGGCCAGGGCCAAGAGGGUAGGUCCAAGGUCGUCGGCAAGGUCAUGCUGAUCCACGGGCUCGUCAAGCGCAACGUCACGGGCCGCACCGAGCUGGCCGCCACGUGCGCCACCGAGGCCGAGCGCGUCGCCGCGCUGGCGGAGUAUCUCGGCAUCCGCCUCACGGCCGACGAGGCCGCGAGCAUUCGUGGGCGCGCGCCCGAGCUCGUUGGCGCUGGAAACCUAGCCGCCGCACUGAGCUAG